GGUGUUGUUGGGCCACUUCACCUUGAAUGGUCCCUUGAAAUACGUUUUAACUACUUAUUCUAAACAACCUGUUCCACAUUGUGUUUAGCUGUGAUACUCUUUAAUAUCCUGGGGCCAAUACGGCUACAUCAACACUGCAUACAGGAAGCAGAGAGGCUGACUGGCUAAACUACGUGAUAUACAAAAUUCUGUAUCCUCUGCCUGCAAGAGAUUUCCUGCCUUGCAGAAUGAUUUCCAUUGAAUAAUAGUGAGGGUCUGCGUCUUGUUUACUCUUAGGCUCUUGCAGUAUAAAAGGGCCUUAAAGUGGACAUAGAUGUAACUAUUUCUCAAAUAACAUUAGAAAUUAAGGGAGAUAUCCCAUCUCCUAGAACUGGAAGGGACCUUGAAAGGUCAUUGAGUCCAGCCCCCUGCCUUCACUAGCAGGACCAAGUACUGAUUUUGCCCCAGAUCCCCCAGUGGCCCCCUCAAGGAUUGAACUCACAACCCUGGGUUUAGCAGGCCAAUGCUCAAACCACUGAGCUAUCCCUCUCCAACAUUACAAUUGGCUGUAAUAGGGUGGCAGGAUUUUUCUAUCGGAACCCUAUCGGGAGGUUUUGACUGAUUCCUUAACUCUCUAUAUAAAGGGAGAUGGGAGCGAUUCUUUGGGUAGAAAGAAUUAGGGUCUUGGCAAGGAAAUUCUAGGGAAAGCCAAGUUUAGGGAGAAAUGAAAGACUGAGUUUUACAUUUGUUGUUUGAAUUACUACUAAAGCCAAAACCAAGAAAAGAGGGUAAAUAUGGACUAAAUACAGAAGGCCUGAUUCUCUGUUACCUCAUUCUGUGCUAAUGUAACACUGACUAUUUUAAUGCAGUUACAAUGAUGUAACAGUGGAGAACAAGGCCAGUCUACAUAGAUUUUCCUCACAGUAGGCUGAGAACCCUAUGUGUGUUCAGGGCCAAAAUCUGCUUGCCUUAUACACCAGCAUAGACAAGCAGGAUUUGGCCCAUAGGACACGUCUUUUGUGUUAUAAUUGUUUAGCACUCUGAAUUUAUGAGUUGCCGCACAUUUGGUGCCUGAUUGAAUAUGGGAGGAGAGAGGGAAAUAAAUACUUGUUUUUGUGCAUUUAGAAAUUUGGAAAUAAGGCAUGUUGAGGUACAAAAUGUGACCUGCAUACAGUGUAAUACUCCAACUGCAUUAUCAAUACACAAUGGAGAAGUAAUUGAGGAAUGGAUAACAACAAUCAUAUAAUGGCGGAGAUCUAUACCACCGAGUGCCCAUAACAACACUGUGUGGUUUUAUUCCAUGUAUUCCACAGGGUUAUUACUGAUCUGGUGUAGCCAGGUUAAUUGCAGGUAAAUGCAUGGCUACUGCCAGUCCAUAACUGGGUAGUCUCCUGGUCCUGACCUCAAGUCUGAUCUUCAGCGGUCUAUGUGCAGAGACUUUGUGCAAAAAGGGCCAGCUGGCAGUGACCAAUGAUGAUUUCAAUCUUCUUGAGGUCAGUUCUCAAUGGAUAAUAAUUUGUACUAGAUCUCGUCAUGUAGAAAUCUGCUGCAAGUUUCUGCAUUUAUCCCAUGAGUAAGAGCUGCAGGAUUAAGUCCUGAACCUUGUGUUUGAGUAUCCAAAACACAAUAGGUGGGGAACUUUUGUAUAGCAGCUUAGUUUAUUUCUCCUGUGGUAUUUAAGUCAAAUUCAUAUUGAGGUAAAACUGCCUAGCCUGAGGUGUUGAGAAGUGCUGAAUACAUUAUGAAUGGUGAGUCAAGAGAUUUGUUGUGCAGGAAUUGUUUGGUGGUGGUGAUGUUAUUAUUUAACACUUCUAUUGUGUUAGCGCUUCAGGUCCCAUCAGUUUGGGGCACUAUUGUUCUGGGUUCUGAACAAGCAUACAGCAAAUGUCAGUGCCUGCCCCAAAGAGCUCAGAGUACAAAAGACACAACGUAAGAGGUUGCUGAGUCAAGCCAGUGGGUCGAGUUGGGGGUUGUGGAGAUGACAGGGUAACAAAAAGAAAAUGUUGGCAAUUCAUAGGGAAUGAGGAUCAGUAAUCACAGCUUAGCCCCUGUCCAGCUGUUGCCAGGCUGCAGUCUCCUGUUUGCAUUAUGGGAGCUUGGAGGAGUGACUCGACAGAGGAUCCGGUGGUGGCUUAAUGGAUUUUGAAUAGGAGCUUCAUCCACUCGAUGGGGCAGCAUAGGGGAGAGUGCCAGAAGCGGACACUCAGGGGACUGAGGUUGGCCUCAUUGGAGUGAAGGUGGGAGUUGACCUUGUGAUAAGGUUAAAGGUUGGAUAGGCAGGGCGAGGCUCUCUUUCCCCAGAUAGGAGGAGGAAACAGAUUGUAGGCCUUUCUCUGAACGAUCCUAAUUCUCAUAAUAACUGAUUCCGAUGGACUUUUAGGCACCCUGAAACCUCUCAGAAAAGGAGAUAGUUCUGAAUUUUUAAAAAACACAAAACCAGAGCAUAAGGCACGCCUUGGUACAAAAUGUGAUUUGUGCGCAGGCAUAAUAAAACUCCAACCAUAUUAACGACUCAAAAAUGGAGAUAUAAUUAAGGAGUGGAUACAAAUUUGUAUUUGUAUUAAAUCAAAUAAAGUAGAAAUCUGCUCCAUGGCCCUGUAUUUGGCUCAGCACCAAUUCUGGUAUCACUGAAGUUUUAGCUACCAUAGCGACAUACUCUUUUGGGGCAGAGGGGAAGGAAGAAAAUUUACAGUAAUACCUUCAACUGUUGGUCUAAUUAAAUCUCACAAGUUAGCGGAACAUGCUGGAUUUAUAACCACUCACAAUCCCAGUGGUUGCACUUGAAACUAAUCACCCUCUUUAAAAUAACAUAUUACUAUGAAUUCAUGCAGCCAUUUAAACAUGCAAAGCCUAGAGAUCAGUAAAAUACAGGGCUGGAGCAGAGGGGAAGAUUUCAGAAGCUCCCAUGUUGAACAAGUUUCCUUACCUUUGGCAAAGGCCACUGCCAGUUCUCAAAAUUUUAAGAAAAGGGGGAGCUCGUGUGAAAUUAGUUUCUGUCACUUUAAUGUAUGAGGGGAUUCUGCUUCAGGGGCUUUUGGGGAAGCAGGGCAUAUUUUAAAAUACUAUGGUCUCAAAGGUUCAGAUGCAAAUCACCACCACCAAGAACUGCUGACGUAAAAGAAUCUCUGGCUAGGAAGAGAAAGCUUUGUGAGUACCCUUUCUUCCCUACAGCCCCCACUCUCUCCUCUUUUGUCAAGUCCCGCCCCACCCCACCCCCACCCUGAAGUCUUUUAUUUCUUGGGAACAGGCAAUUAAGAAGCUCAGGACUAUUUUUAUAAAAAGCAUUAUCACGUGCUUAUGUCAAACUUGCAGCAAGUUGCAAAGAAAAAUAUCCCAAAGGGACGGAGGAAGUUAACUGCUCUUCCAGGAUUUGAGAUCACAGCACCCAUGGUCUUUGCUUUGGCAGUGUGAUUAGUGCAAUCUAUAGGAGGGAAGAAAGGGAAAAAAUGACAAGGUGGGGGAUGGGGGCGGGGGAGACAAACACACAGAUCCCUCAAGCAGAACAAAAGACAGCAGUUCACCCACCCCCUAUGUUUCUCACUCUCUCUCUACCUCCAGUGUAAGAUCUACCUUCUCUAGGCUGAGUAGCUUGUAAGAGGAGGUUUUCCUUCAAACUUUUGCCACUUCCAUGCUGGGCGCUCUCUCUCUCUCUCUCUCUCUCUCUCUCUCUCUCUCUGUGUGUGUGUGUGUGUGUGUGUGUGUGUGUGUGUGUGUGUGUGUGUGUGUGUACAUACCUACUGUAGAUUGGUAGACACCAUCCUUUGGAAUUGCUACUGCCAGAUUAGAGACUGGCGAUAUUAUCAUGGAGAAUUCAGCAAAAGAAAACGCUCAAUUGUUCUCAAAAACCAUAAUCCUGCCAAUUGACAGGUCUUCAUCUAAAUCUGAAUCUUCUGCUUCCAAGGAGAAACAAACGUGCUGUGGAGGUAUAAAGAUAUUUCUUGGCGCAUUAUCCUUUGUUUACUUCGCUAAAGCAUUGUCAGGAAGUUAUCUAAAAAGUACCAUCACCCAAAUAGAAAGAAGAUUCGAUAUCCCUUCUUCUUUGGUUGGUGUUAUUGACGGCAGCUUUGAAAUUGGGAAUCUCCUAAUCAUAAUUCUUGUAAGCUACUUUGGAGCGAAACUUCAUAGGCCAAAGAUAAUUGGAGCUGGUUGCCUAAUAAUGUCAGCUGGAACCUUUCUAAUUGCGAUGCCCCAAUUCUUUAUGGGACGCUAUAGGUAUGAGAUAUUUUCUUCCUCCACCAAUUCUACUGUCAGCAUCUCCCCAUGUCUACAGGAUAAAAGCCAAAUACCACUCUCAGUCUUAGAAAGGUCUCAAGCCAAAAUAAAUGCAGGAUGUGAAAAAGAAGUUGGAUCGUCCAUGUGGAUCUAUGUUUUGCUGGGGAAUCUUUUGCGUGGGAUAGGGGAGACUCCUAUCCAGCCUUUGGGAAUUACGUAUAUUGACGAUUAUGCCAGCGAAGAGAGUGCUGCUUUCUACAUUGGGUGUGUACAGACAGUUGCAAUUAUAGGCCCAAUAUUUGGUUUUCUUUUAGGAUCCCUCUGUGCCAAACUAUAUGUUGACAUUGGCUUUGUAGACUUGGACAGUAUAACAAUAACUCACAAUGAUGCCCGAUGGGUAGGAGCUUGGUGGCUUGGUUAUUUAAUAGCAGGUGUGUUAAGUGUUCUGGCUGCCAUCCCAUUCUGGUUCUUACCAAAGCACCUGCCAAGACCAGAAAGCAGAAAGGAUUCCAGUACCUCCUCUGAGCAGUCAAAGUUCAUUAUUGAAGAUAACAGCGAGCAUCACAGAUCUUAUGAACAGCAAGUAAAGAUACUUGAAAUGGCGAAAGAUUUCCUGCCAUCAGUGAAGAACCUCUUCGGAAAUCCAGUUUACUUUCUAUAUUUGUGUGCAAGCAUCAUUCAGUUCAAUUCUUUAAUUGGCAUGGUAACAUAUAAACCAAAAUAUAUUGAGCAACAGUAUGGGCAAUCCUCUUCAAAAACGAAUUUUGUUAUAGGUCUUAUCAACAUUCCUGCUGUGGCCUUUGGGAUAUUCUCAGGUGGACUGAUUAUGAAAAAAUUCCAGAUUAAUGUUUUGGGGGCUGCAAAGCUAUCCUUGGGAUCAUCCUUCUUUGGUUACCUCUUGCUACUUUCAUUAUUUGCAAUGGGCUGUGAGAACUCGGACGUGGCAGGACUGACUGUGUCUUAUGAAGGAACAAAACAGGUCUCUAGCUAUGAAGAAACCCUCUUUUCUGAGUGCAAUUCGGGAUGCAUAUGUUCAAAAAAUGAAUGGGAUCCUAUAUGUGGGGAAAAUGGAAUCACCUACGUGUCGGCGUGUCUUGCUGGUUGCAAAACAUCCAAUGGAAGUGGAAAAACCUCUGUGUUUUAUAAUUGCAGCUGUGUGGGAAUUACAGCGUCUCCAUCAAGAAGCUCCUCAGCGGUGAUGGGAGCAUGUCAAAAAGGAAAUGAAUGUCCAAAAAUGUUUCUGUAUUUUCUGGUAAUAUCAGUCAUCACUUCAUAUACUUUGUCAAUAGGUGGUACACCUGGAUACAUAUUACUUCUAAGGUGCAUUAAACCACAACUAAAAUCUUUUGCGCUUGGUAUUUAUACCUUGGCAAUAAGAGUUCUUGCAGGAGUCCCAGCCCCUGUGUAUUUUGGAGUGUCAAUAGACACCACAUGCUUGAAAUGGGGAAGCAAAAGGUGUGGGGGAAGAGGAGCGUGUAGACUAUAUGAUUCUAAUGCAUUUAGAUACAUAUAUUUGGGAUUAACCGUGGUCUUGGGCACCAUGUCCGUUUUCUUGAGUAUUGCGGUCCUUUUCGUCUUAAAGAAAAGGUAUGUUCCACAAGACGAAAACAUCGCAGCCAAUGGAGGGAGAGGAAUGGUCUCGGUACAAAACAGAAAAGAUAAUUUUGUCAAUAGUGAUUAUUUAAUUCAGACAACCUACUGGCCAGAAAAGGAAACUCGACUUUAGGAAAAUGGAUUUUUUCAGGGGGAUUUUGACCAGCAGGGGGAGUUCCAUACAGAAAUCCGUCAUAAGUGAACACGUUUUAGUGGGUGGAUGUAACUGAGCAUCCAUUUUGAAAAUGUUCCCCUUUAUGCAAGUUUGACUGUAAAUACCAAAAAUCUUAGAAUGUGUAUAGGUCUGAAAAUACAGUUCAACAUGUGUCUUAAAAAUAUGGAGUGAAAUUCACUCUUCUCCACACAAAGCCCAGGUAACAGACUCUUUGCAGGGAAUUAAGUGGGCGUCCUGGAGGUGCCAUUCACUUCUUAACCUGAAGGCAGGCAGUAUGGCUGCCGCAGAGUUCCUCCUCAGCAACUCUUCUAGUUUUCAGUGUGAGGGGUAAGGGGUGGCCUGGAACCUAUGGCCCAAUCUUAGUGAUCUCUUCCACAUUGACCUAUAAGGAAUGGGCCUAGAAAUACCCUUCAUGGUACACAAGGGACAUAGAGACCCCCUUCCACAGAUGCUUGCCCCAUACAACCAACCCAAUUGAAACAGUUAAGUGACAUCUUGGGCUUUCUGUGAGGCUCUCUACAUGAGGUAAAUUCCAUCCAUGAUGUUUUGACCGUUCAGUGUUGUGGUUAGGAAUUGCAUCUCAAAUUUACUCACACAACCUCUGUUAAAUCAUGGCAUCAAUAACAAAAAAGUUGUCACUAGUAAAACCACUACUCUGCCAAAGGAAAUUUGGAUUAAAGAUACAGCUAUUCUAUGUUUUAAAUGGUUUCUUACUGUUUGCUAACACUCAAUGACUCUAUAAUUCCAUACCUUUUUUAUACAAUGUAAUAAGCAAGAUGAUAUAACAUAUAUCUGUUUAAAAAACAAUGACAAGAUCCUUUGGGAAUAAUAAAAUAAAUCCUCAGA